UAGUGAAAAAAGAAAGCUUAUAAUAAUGCAUGGUACACAGAUGAGUAAUCAUCAUCAGCAGCAGUUGGGUGUAAACACGUGACGUCACACAGCUGACUAGGUGACACACGGACCAAACUUACAACCUCACCUCACCUCACCUCACCUCACAAUAAUCAUGCAUGGUCGGCUGAAGAUUAAGACAACAGCUGAGCAAGCAGCAGAGAAAAAGAAAGAGCGGGAAGAGAAACAAAAACUUUAUCUUGCGGGGUUAUCAAAGGUCUUUGAAAAGCGAGCCUCAGGGACCUAUGAUGAGGAGUGCCUCAAGACCACUGCACAACUGCUGGCUGCCAACCCUGAUGCUACUACACUUUGGAAUAUCCGUCGGGAGGCACUGCUGGCUGGGAAGAGUGAGGAUGAAGAGUCAUGGUCUGAGGUGUUACAGGGUGAGCUGAAGAUGAUAGUGGCUUGCCUUGGGAAGAACCAUAAGAGUUACGGUGCAUGGCACCAUCGCUGCUGGGUGAUGGAAAACUUCCCCAACCCACCCUGGGCUGCUGAGGUCAAGCUGUGUGAUAACUACCUCAAGCUGGAUGAGAGGAACUUCCAUUGCUGGGAUUACCGGAGGUUUGUGGUGGCUGGCAGUAAGCAGCAGCCUGAGGAUGAGCUGAAGGCUUCCCAGCAGCUGAUUGAACACAACUUGAGCAAUUAUUCAGCGUGGCACUACCGCUCUAAGCUUCUGCCCUUAGUCCAUCCUCCCCCAGCCACUUCACCACACCCUGUGGCAGAACAGGCCCUCAUCAAGGAGCUGCAAAUGGUGGUGGAGGCUGUAUUCACUGAUCCAUCAGACCAAAGUCCUUGGUUCUUUUUACGAUGGCUGGUUGGCAGGCAGGAGAAGGGACCCAGGCUGCUUCAGGUUGGAUACAUACACACACAGGGAGAGGCAGGGAAGUUGGUGUGUGUGUUCUCCCAGCCUGUGCCACAGAGUGCUGUGCCUGAGACAACAGUGGAUGGAGUGAAUGGUGGAGCCCCUCUGUGCUGGUGGGCCCCAGACAAGAGUGUAUACUCACGUGUCUGGGCUGCAGAUUUGUCCCUUCCUUUGGAUAAAGAACACAGUAUCAACCUGAGCCAAACUGGCCAGCCCACCAGAAGCCUCAUGGUGGGUCAAGGAGUGGCUCGAGCCUUGGAGUGGGUGGCAAACAUGGAGGUAUGUGGGGAGGAACUCUCAGACACCACUCGUUCCACGCUGGAAGAGGUGAAGGAGAACUGCACCACUCUUGAUGAGCUGGACCCUGACAACAAAUGGGUGAUGCUGACAUUAGUCCAUGUUCUGUGGGCACUGGACUCCCGGGCCCACUUGCCUGCCAUCUUACACUAUCUGGCCCAGCUGCAGACCCUUGAUCCUCUCCGCCACAACUACUAUGCUGACAUGAAGAGCAAACUGGUGAUGGAGACAGCCCUCAGAAAGCACAGAGUCACUGAAGUAGAUGGAGAUAAAUUUCAUGUGUGUGGACAAGACCUCACACGGGUUACCCACAGCCACCUGCUAGCAACCACGGAUUGUGUGGACCUUAGCAAUAACAGUUUGUCUUCUAUUUCCUCACUUUGUAACUUGAUUGCAUGUAAAGAGCUGACUUUAGACCAGAAUGAGAUCCAGAACCUGUCACCCCUGUCUGCCUUAGCUGCCUUACAGCAUCUCUCAGUGGCCAACAACAAAAUAGCAGACAUUAAGCAGUUGUCCUGUCUGCAGUCAUUGACAAACCUUAGACACCUCAACCUCAAGAAUAACCCUGUGUGUGAGAUGGAGGACAGUGAGACACGCAUCAGGGAACUCCUACCUGGCCUCCAGACACUCAUCUUGCGGUGAGAAAUACUUGGCCUUAUUGUUGUAUAUCCAUUCCCUCAUUUAGCAAGGGUUUCUAUUUCUAGAACUUGUUUGUUUGUUUGAAUUUUGUACUCUAUGUUAUACUAGUCUUUUUAUAACAUUUUUUGCAAGAAUGAUUUUUUUUUUUUUGGGGUGAGAUUGAGGGCUGCAAACAUCCUAACCUAGGAACCUUUUCUUGCCAUAGAACAAGAAAGAAGCAGAAGAGAUUUUGUUCUAUUCCUCUGAUCUGUUAUUGACUUCUCUGAUUCUUGAAUACCACCUUGUUUGGGUGGCACACAUUUUUUGCAUGCAAAUGUUUUGAGUGAAAUGGUAUUUAUAAUUGUCCAUUUUAAUUUCAAGAAACUCUCAUUAAGUGAGGUCAUGUUGUGCCUAUGAAGCAUGUAGUGAACUAAAUCCUGGAUGCCAGUAGCUAUUCUUGUUGUAUAAUAUUUAAGCCUUGUUAUUCCACAGUCUCGCACACUUGUGUUUUAUGCAAAUAUCAAGCACAGUUAAAUAUAAAAAAAUGGUAAAAAAAUAAAGGUUACUAUUAGUGUUACUGGAGUCAGCCAUUCUCAGAGCCACAUUUGAGCAAGUACACAUCAGUAGCUUGAGGUCUCCUGCUACAAAACAAGAGUGAGGACAUGAAACUGCUCUCCAAUGGUUUGGAUUGCCAGAAGCUAAUCAAAUGGGGAUUGCUGAGUAAUUCCAGUACCAAUAAGUUGCAUUUAUUGUAAUAUGGUAAUAAAGAUUCUGAGAAAUUA